AAAACUCAACAUCAUCUUCCUGAUUUCCUCUUUACCUUACUUUACACUUUUCUUCAUCGCGUCUUCCUUAACCUCAUCUCUUUACUGUGGAGCUUGUUUGGUUCAAGAUGCUUCCCAUCAAGGCUGGCCGAUUGGCCUCCAAUCACAUCAACAAAUCUACUCUUCUUGCUCGAUCAUAUGCAUCCCAUGCGGCUCGGAUCGGUGACACCAAGGUCGCAAUGUCCAACUUUGAGCAGGACAAGUUCAUCAACUAUCAACGUAUUGAAGAUAACCUCCAGGUGGUACGAAAACGUUUGAACCGACCUUUGACCCUCUCGGAGAAAGUACUUUACGGUCAUCUUGACAAUCCACAUGAGGCUGAUAUCCGCCGUGGUGCUUCUUAUCUCAAACUUCGACCCGAUCGUGUAGCCUGUCAAGAUGCGACUGCACAGAUGGCCUUACUUCAAUUCAUGUCAGCCGGUCUACCUACUGUAGCUGUCCCGACCACCGUACAUUGUGACCAUCUGAUCGAGGCACAAACCGGAGGCCCAAAGGAUCUUGCCCGAGCGAUCAACAUCAACAAGGAAGUCUACGAUUUCCUUGCAACGGCCACAGCUAAAUACGGCAUCGGAUUCUGGCAACCUGGUUCCGGAAUCAUCCACCAAAUCAUCCUUGAGAAUUACGCUUUCCCUGGUGGACUUAUGAUCGGUACCGACUCUCACACACCCAAUGCCGGAGGUCUUGGAAUGAUCGCAGUCGGAGUGGGAGGUGCUGACGCUGUUGACGUCAUGGCUGACUUGCCGUGGGAACUUAAAUGCCCGAAAGUGAUCGGAGUCAAACUUACUGGCAAGAUCAGCGGCUGGACUACUCCCAAAGAUGUGAUUCUCAAGGUUGCCGGUGUUUUGACUGUCAAGGGUGGAACCGGGGCCAUUGUUGAAUACUUUGGUCCAGGUGUCGAAUCCUUAUCUGCCACAGGAAUGGGUACUAUCUGUAACAUGGGUGCCGAGAUUGGAGCAACCACUUCGAUGUUUCCCUACAACAACCGUAUGGCGGAUUAUUUGAAAGCUACCAAACGUGCUAACAUUGCCAAGUACGCGGAACAAUUCAAAUACAACUUACAAGGAGAUGAAGGUGCCGAAUACGAUCAGGUGAUCGAGAUCAACUUGAACGAAUUGGAGCCUCACAUCAAUGGUCCUUACACUCCCGAUUUGGCUACUCCCUUAUCAGUCUUUGCCAAGACAGUAAAGGAGAAGGGUUGGCCAGCAGAAGUGAAAGUUGCUCUUAUCGGUUCUUGCACAAACUCAUCUUAUGAGGAUAUGUCAAGAUCCGCCUCGAUCGCUCAAGAAGCCAUUGAUCACGGUCUUACCGUCAAAUCGAAAUACACUGUCACCCCCGGUUCCGAGCAAAUCCGGGCAACGAUCGAACGUGAUGGACAAAUGGAAGUUUUGGAAAAGGCCGGUGGUCUCGUAUUAGCUAAUGCUUGUGGACCUUGCAUCGGUCAAUGGGAUCGUCAGGAUAUCAAGAAGGGUGAUGUUAACUCCAUCAUCACUUCGUACAACCGUAACUUCACUGGUCGAAAUGAUGCCAACGCUGGAACGCACGCCUUUGUUGCUUCCCCUGAUCUCGUCACCGCCAUGGCUUUCGCUGGAGACCUUACAUUCAACCCUCUGACUGAUAGUCUGACCGGAAAGGAUGGAAAGCCCUUUAAGUUCUCCGACCCAUCCGGAAAGGAGCUUCCCCCACGAGGAUACGACCCCGGUCAAAACACAUACUCAGCUCCCCCAGAGGACCGUGCAUCUAUCAAUGUUGCUGUUUCUCCAAGCAGUGACAGACUCCAAUUAUUGAAGCCAUUCAAGCCUUGGAAUGGAAAGAACCCAAGUAACAUGCCUGUGCUCAUCAAAGCAUCUGGCAAAUGUACAACUGAUCACAUCUCGGCCGGUGGUCCUUGGUUGAAGUUCCGUGGACAUCUUGAGAACAUCUCCCAGAACAUGUUAAUCGGUGCCAUCAAUGAAGCCAAUGGGAAGGCAAAUGAGGUCUUGAACCAAGAAACCGGUAAAUGGGGAGGUGUUCCUGAAGUCGCAGCAUAUUACCGUGAUCAUGGGAUCCAGUGGUGUGUGAUCGGAGACCAGAACUACGGUGAGGGAUCCUCACGUGAACAUGCCGCACUUGAACCCAGGUUUUUGGGUGGUAUUGCAAUCAUCACUCGCUCAUUUGCUCGAAUCCAUGAAACCAACUGCAAGAAGCAAGGAAUGUUGCCUCUAACCUUUACCGAUCCUGCUGAUUAUUCAAAAGUCAAACCAGACGAUCGAAUCGAUCUCGAAGGUAUUACUGAACUCGCUGAAGGUAGUAAAGUGACUAUGGUAGCCAAACAUAAAGAUGGAAGUGUUGAUCGAAUUCCAUUGAGUCAUAGUUUUAAUGCUGGUCAAAUUGAAUGGUUCAAGGCUGGUUCAGCAUUGAACUUGAUGGGACAAAAGAAGAAGUAAAUUCGAGCUUAGAGAAGUUUUAGAAAGGUUUAAUUGUAGUUGUUCUUUGUGGCAAUCCCAAUACUUAAUUGUAUCGGAGAAGUGUUGGGUAUUGUUUUUCAAAAAGGGAAUCGCGGGUAGGGGGAGUUGGGUCACAGCAAAAAAAAGAUGACAUAUUGGCAAGGUUUUUUUUACAUUUUCAUCUUCAUUUUCUCUUUUGUUCUUAUCAUUUUUGUUUUUUUUCUCAGAUUUCUUUAUCAUCUCAUAGUAUGAAAUCAUGAAUGAAUUUGAGUCAAAUUAGAUUGCC